AUGGCUUAUUCUGAAGAAUAUGGAGGAAACCCUUGUGGUUUCAUCCGCCAGAAUUCUGGCAACUCCAUCUCUUUGGACUUUGAGCCCAACACCGAGUACCGGUUUGUGGAGCUGUUAGAGGAACGCUACAAAUGUGCCUUCUGCCACUCUGUGCUUCACAACCCCCACCAGACAGGGUGCGGGCACCGCUUCUGCCACCACUGCAUCCUGUCCCUCAGGGAAUUAAAUGCAGUACCAAUCUGCCCUGUAGAUAAGGAGGUUAUCAAAACUCAAGAGGUGUUCAAAGACAAUUGCUGUAAAAGGGAAGUCCUCAAUUUGUAUGUAUUUUGUAAAAAUGCUCCAGGAUGUAAUGCCAAGGUUACUCUGGGACGAUACCAGGAACACCUUCUCCAGUGCUUAUUUCAAGCUGUUCAGUGUUCUAAUGAGAACUGUCAGGAACAAGUCCUGCGGAAAGAUCUCCAAGAGCAUCUGAGUGCAUACUGUCAAUUUAGAGAGGAAAAAUGCAUUUACUGCAAGAAGGGUGUGGUGGUCUUCAACCUACAGAAGCAUGAAGAACAUUUGUGUCCUGAGUACCCGAUAUCUUGUCCCAACAAGUGUUUACAGAUUAUUCCAAGAACUGAGGUGAAUGAGCACCUUGCUGUGUGCCCUGAAGCAGAGCAGGACUGUCCAUUUAAGCACUAUGGCUGUACUGUGAAGGGUAAACGGGGCAACCUGAAGGAGCAUGAGCACUCAGCAUUGCGGGAUCAUAUGCUUCUAGUGCUGGAAAAGAAUUUCCAAUUAGAGAAACAGAUUUCUGAUUUAUAUAAGAGCCUAGAAUGGAAAGAAAGUAAGAUCCAGCAGCUCACAGAAACUGUAAAGACAUUUGAAAAGGAAUUCAGGCAGUUUUCGCAGUUGUUUGGCAAAAAUGGAAACUUGCUCUCAAACAUCCAGGCUCUUGCAAGUCAUAUUGACAAAUCUGCUUGGCUUGAGGCUCAAGUGUGCCAGUUAUUACAAACAGCUAACCAGCAACAAAAUAAACUCGACUUGAGGUCUUUGGUGGAAGCGAUUGAUAUGAUUAAACAGAAAAUCACCGUGCUAGAAACCAAUGAUCAAAGAUUAGUGGUUCUGGAAGGCCAGACUAACAAACAUGAUGCCCACAUUAAUAUUCAUAAAGCCCAGCUGAAUAAAAACGAAGAGAGAUUUAAACUGCUGGAGGGUGCCUGCUAUAAUGGAAAGCUCAUCUGGAAGGUGACAGACUAUAAGGUGAAGAAGAGGGAGGCGGUGGAUGGGCACACAGUCUCCAUCUUCAGCCAUCCCUUCUACACCAGCCGAUGUGGCUACCGGCUCUGCGCUAGAGCUUACCUGAAUGGGGACGGGUCCGGGAAGGGGACACACUUGUCCCUGUACUUUGUGGUGAUGCGAGGAGAGUUUGACUCACUGUUGCAGUGGCCAUUCAGACAGAGAGUGACUCUGAUGCUUUUGGACCAAAGCGGCAAAAAGAACCACAUUAUAGAGACCUUCAGGGCUGACCCCAAUAGCAGCAGCUUCAAAAGACCUGAUGGGGAGAUGAACAUCGCAUCUGGCUGUCCCCGCUUUGUGGCUCAUUCCAUACUGGAGAGCACCAAGAACACCUACAUUAAAGAUGACACCCUCUUCCUGAAAGUGGCUGUGGAUUUAACUGACCUAGAGGACCUCUAA